ACACCCUUUUGCAGAUUGUAUUACUUUUGGACCUGUGAUUCACCAUGAUUUUGUCUGAUUGCUGGACUUUGUGUGCAGCGCUGUUGAUAUGUCCUCUUUAUAUGGGUGUCAGUGUUCUGUGUGAAGUCUUCUGUAAAGAGGAGAAUGUGGGCGUGGAAGGAGGUCAUUACACUCUUACCAAGAAGCUUGCAUACGGCAGUAUGCUGAUAUACCACUGUCCAGACGAGUACUAUCCCUAUCCAGCUUUAACUCGCUUGUGCCAGAAAAGUGGAACUUGGUCACCGACUCCCCAUAUAAGGCCUGUUCAAAAGUGCAAGAUGGUUGAAUGCCCCAACCCCUUGGUUUUGGAAAGUGGUUCUGUCUUUCCUUUACAAAUGCAGUAUUUUGUCAACAAUAAGACCACAUAUGAGUGCUAUUCUGGAUACACAUUACGUGGCUCAUCCUCCCGUGUGUGCCAACCCAAUGGGAAGUGGAGUGGGGGAACACCCAUUUGCAGACGCGACUCAGGAGGCGGAGAGCGUUGUGCUGACCCUGGGAUUCCGGCCGGUGCUAGGAGGUUUGGGUCAAGUUUUGGCAUAGAAGACAAAGUGACAUACCACUGUGACGAGGGCUUACAUUUGCUGGGGUCAAAGGAGCGUGUAUGUCAAGAGAAUGGCCAAUGGACUGGGACUGAGCCUAAAUGUUACUACAAGCACACGUAUGACACUGCACUGGAGAUCACAGAGGCAUUCGGCAGUGCUAUCAGAGAGAGCCUUCAGUUGGCAGCGCCCAUCGAUGACACAGAUCAGGAAGGAAAGAAGAUCACGGUAGAUAAAGCUGGAAAGCUUAACAUAUACAUUGCUAUGGACAUCUCUGACAGCAUUGUGGAGGAUCAGUUUAACAAAGCAAGAAAUGCUGUCAAGAAACUUAUCACAAAGGUCAGCUCCUUCGCAGUCAGCCCAAAUUACGAAAUCCUUUUCUUCGCUUCUGAUGUAUUAGAAGUUGUCAACAUAUUAGAUUUUUCUGGAGAAAAAAGAAAAAAACUUGAACAAGUCUUGGCUGACUUGAACAACUUUAAUUAUGGAGAGAGAGAAAAUGUUGGGACCAAUCUCAACCUUGCUUUUAAAACCAUCCUGGAACGCAUGGCUAUCCAAAAACAUCGAAAUGAAACUUUAUUCAAGGAGGUCCACCAUGUCCUCAUAUUUUUCACAGAUGGUGCUUUCAACAUGGGGGGUAGGCCCGAAACCACAGUGGCCAAAAUCAGGGAAAUGGUCUACAUGAAUCAAAAGGAAGAAAGGGAUCAAUAUCUUGAUAUCUAUGUUUUUGGUGUUGGAAGUGAAAUCUUUGAUGAAGAUAUCCAGCCACUUGUGACAAAACGGGAUAAUGAGGACCACUACUUUAAACUAAAGGAUGGUACAGAAUUGGAAGAAACCUUUGAUAAAAUAAUUGAUGAAAGCAAAGUUGUGGGUCUGUGCGGGCUCCAUAGAAACUACGACCAUGACACCGCAGACACCAUACGUGUAAGAUAUCCCUGGAAUGCAAGGAUUGGCAUCCCGCAUGAGGAUGGAAGUUAUGGUAAAUGCAUGGGGUCUCUGGUCACUCCCCGCUUCAUCUUGACUGCUGCUCACUGCUUCAAGUUCACAGACACAGCAGAUCAAAUCAAGAUUACGGUUGGCAAAAAUCAAGUUCUAACGGGAUCCCGCCUAAUAUUACACCCUAAUUAUGAUAUCAAAGCCAAAGAGAAAGAGGGGAUAAAGGAGUUCUAUGAUUAUGACAUAGCUCUCGUCGAACUUAAGAAUGAUGUGGAUAUCUCUAUCAACAUAAGACCAAUUUGCAUCCCUUGCACCAAGGAAACAAGUGGUGCUUUAAGAUUGUCGGGAGAGGAAAUCACCUGCAAGCAACAAGGUGCAAUUGCAGCACACAGCCUCUUCAUCAAGAUACGCAUAGCCUGCUAUAGAAAGGUUCAAUUAGGCACCGUAUGUGACCUCGUCUCGUGUAUUUCUCUCCUUGCAGAAGAACUCUUGUUAAAAAAUCCAAUUGAAGAAGUCAGUUUCAUGUCACAUGAUAAGGACAAGGGAAAUAACAAGGAUCAGCGGAGCGAUGCCAAACUUAAGCUCCAGGAUCAGAGGGAAAAUUGUAUUGAAUUGGCUACUAAGGUAGAUGGCAUAACAUCGGAUAAUCUGAAGGAUGUUGUCACUGAGAACUUCCUGUGCUCGGGUGGACGUCAACCUACUAGAGAUCAUGUUGCCUGCAAAGGUGACUCCGGUGGCGCUCUGUUUAAGAACUAUGAUUAUCGCACAAUCCAGGUUGGAUUGAUCAGCUGGGGCACUAAAAAUCUGUGCACUGAUGGUAACAACGACGUCCAACAGGAGUCUGACGAUGACUCCAGAGAUUUCCACAUCAACCUUUUUAAAGUUGUGCCCUUUCUGAAGAAGCAUUUGGGGGAUGACACACAAGAUUAUGCACCGCUUCAGUUUUUAGACAAAUAGAGACGGCGAUUUAAAGGUGUGCGUUUUAACAAAGUUUCAUGAUCAUGUGAUUAUGUCGUUCUGGCACAACAUGAUCAUGUGUGUGAAAAAUAGUUUGCUGCACUAUAGUUAUCAAUGAAAGUGUGCUCUUUACUAGUGCUGAUGAACUCAUCAACUGAAUUUGAAGAUGAAAAUGUGUUCUUUACUAGGGCUGAGAAACUCAUUAACUGAAUUUGAAGAUAAAUGUGUUCUUUACUAGGGCUGAGAAACUCAUUAAAUGAAUUUCAAGAUGAA